AUGGGUGCAUACGCCAGUGUGAUUUCGCUGAAGCACACAAUCAAACGUCUCCUAAAUUCAUCUCAAAUCGUGUUGAUUCCCCCGUCUGCAGGGAUCUUAGAAUCUGCCAGCAACGAGCUUCAGUCGUUGCGGAAAACUCUCAUAAGAGUGGAUGGCGGAAGCAAGAGCAGCAGCAGGAAGAAGAUCAACGCUUUUGACGAGCAAAUCACAGAGGCGGUGUACAAACUCGAAGAUUUGCUCGAAUCCGACCUAUCAGAUCAGAUUAUUUCACAAUCAAGCGGGGAUUGGAAUAAAUUCUCCAUAAAUCUGCAGGAAUCAGAGCGCGAGAUUGUGUGCCUCGUCGAUGCAUUGAAGGAGAUGGAGCUGGACUACAUCAAAGAAUUAGACAAUCCAGAAAUUGAAGAAGAUGAUGGUGAUGGUGAUGAACCUAUUGUUUCGACAAGAAUUGAUUCUUGUGGAAAUGAGACGAAGUUGAUUGGAUUAUCUGAUAAAUUUCUGGAAAUCAAAAAUCGGCUUAAACGUGUGGAUGGGCUUCGCUUCGUGACGCCUAUAACUGGGAUGGCUGGAAUCGGUAAGACUGCACUUGCUAAUGAAAUUUAUAACGAUUUUGAUAUUUCACAACAGUUUGAUCUUCGAGCUUGGGUUGCAGUAGGUAGAAAAUGGAAGUUGAAAGAAAUCUUACUUGCCAUUGUAGCUCAAGUUGAUGCUAACAUGGUUGAAAUUAUUAUGGAUGAAGAGGUGAGAAAGAUUGGUGAUUAUUUGAAAGAAAGGUUGAAAGUUAGGAGGCAUCUCAUUGUGUUGGAUGAUGUGUGGGACAAACAAGUUUGGAACGAGUUGAAAAAUAGUUUGUUUAAAGAUGAUGAUAAUAAUAGAGGGAAAAUCUUGAUCACAACUAGGUUAGACCAAGUAGGUCGAGGUGCUAGCAAUCCUGUAUCAGGAAUUGUGAAAAUGAGGUUUUUGGAUAAGGAAGAAAGCUGGGAUCUUCUUCGUGAGAAGGUUUUUGGAGAAGAGUUAUGCCCUUAUCAGCUAGAGAAGAUAGGAAGGAAGAUUGCCGAGAAGUGUGAAGGUCUUCCUCUUAUGAUUGUGGCGGUGGCAAACCUCUUAUGUGGAGUAGAGAGGACGCCUGAGUAUUGGAGUGAGGUAUUGGAGAAAAAGAACUCGGUUUUUAUGGAUGCAUAUGGUGCAAUAUCAAAGGUUUUGUAUCCAAGUUUCGAGUACUUGGCUCAGGUGUUGAGGCCAUGUUUUCUUUAUAUGGGAGUUUUUCCUCAAAAUUUUGAGAUAUUGAAAUCAAAGGUGGUCAUAAUGUGGGCGGCUGAGGGAUUUCCUGAGCCAUUGGGAUGGCAAACUGCAAAUGAAUAUAGUGAGCAUUGUUUGAGAGCUCUUAGUUACAAUAAUCUUGUUUUGCUUCAUAAAGAAAGCACAAUUUGGAACAUUAAAUCCUCUGGGGUGAAAUCUUGCUUGGUUCAUACUUCUGUGUGGCAUUUAUGCAAAACGGAAGCUAAGAAAAACAAGUUCUUUCAUAUGUUAUAUAAGUGUGGUGAUGAUCUUGAAGAGGGUAUAGAAGGCCAACGGCGACUGGCUAUCCAUAAUAACAUUUUAUUUGGCAUCAAAGAUGUGCGUAACUUGAUUGAGGAUAGUUGUGCAUCAACUGCUCGUUCUCUCUUAUGUUUUGGCCCAUUCUGUCGUUAUCAAGUUCCCGUUUGUUUUGGUUUAAGGUUGUUGAGGGUGGUGGAUGCUCUUACAAUCCGUUUCUAUGAGUUCCCAAUUGAGGUAGUGAAACUGGUUCAGUUGAGGUAUCUUGCCCUCACUUGUGAUGGGGAUCUCCCUUCUUCCAUAUCCAAACUUUGGAACCUUCAGUCCUUGAUUAUAUCCCGACAUCUUAGCAUCAAGCCUUUUGAGGUUCCAUCGUACAUUCCUAAGGAGAUAUGGGAUAUGAAGGAACUGAAGCAUCUUCAUGUUGUGGGAAGCGAUCUACGAGAUCCUUGUGGUGAUUCGUUACCAAACCUCUCAACACUUUUAGACGUGAGUGCUGUUAGUUGCACAAAGGCGAUUUUUGAAGCAAUUCCUAAUCUAAGGAAGUUAGGAAUUCAAAUUGAGUCAGAGCCUGACGCUGCUGAGGCAUUGAGUUUCCUUGAUCAAAUUUCCAAUCUCAAAAAACUGCAGAUACUCAAAUGUGUAGUCGUGAAUCCUGACCUAAUGACCGAAACACUUCUCCAUCCGCAUCCACAUCCUCUUCCAACAUCGCUGACAGUUCUUAAGAAGCUGCAUUUGAGUGGGUUGGGAUAUUCUUGGGAAGAUAUGAGUGUGAUUGGAUCAUUGCCGAAUCUUGAAGUACUCAAGUUGCGAUGCUAUGCCUUUCAAGGUCGGACAUGGAUAGUAGAAGAGAAAAGAUUUGCAAAACUUGGAUAUCUUGUGAUUGAAGACACUGAUUUGGUGGAGUGGGAAGUGAGAGAGGGAGGCUGCCCAAAACUCUACUAUUUGAGCAUAAAACAUUGCCAUUUGUUGGAAGAGAUUCAUGGAAGAUUUGGUCAUAAUUUUGGAAAAAUUGAAGUCGUUGACAGCAACCCUUUAGUGGAGACAUGUCUGAGGCAAAUGAUACAUGGUUACUCCUCUCAACUGAAAUUUUAUGACCCCAGUAUUUAUAUUCAUUAUUCAUGGCUUGAUAAGAAGCUGAAGUUAUGA